AUGUUAAUUAUAGAUAAAAUUAUUGCUAUAUGGUAAAGCAUCACUUUUGGGACAAAAUUUGUUCUGAUAAUGAGCACAAUUUGCUGCAUCCUUGAUUUACUAACUAAUGAUUAAUUAUUCAAUGUAUUUGUAGACAUCCCUAAUAAAACUAUAUAUAAAUUCGAAUUAUGGAGAUUACUUAUUCCAUAAUUCUUUCAUGGUAUGUUAAUAAUCUACUAACAAUAGGCGAUAUAUAUAAUAUUACAAUAAGUUUACUGGGAUUUUUGUUUUGUGCUAUUGAAGUUGAAAAAAGUUAUGGUACAAUACCAUUUUUUUGUGAUAUAUUCUUUAAGAAUCUGAUCAUACAAGUAUUUAAAAAUUAAUAAAUAGAUUAUUUAUGUUAUGCUAUGUUUUUCACUUUCAUAUUUAACUUUGGAAAUUCUAGAUACUUAGUCUUUUGGCUUUUGGAAUAUCACUUUUAUUUACAUGAUGAAUAAGUAUAGUUUGUCUUAUUAUAUAAGAGCACUUAACCAUUAUGAUGAACCAUAAAAAUUCCUAUGUUUUCCAUUUUCUCUUCAAUCAAAAUAUUAUCCUCCAACAUUUUUUUUAAUUAUGAACAUAAUUGAAUUCCCUAGAUUAGAUCUAAUAGCAGCAGCUUUUUUUGCAUUUAUAGAAUAUCAAUUAUUUGAUGGUUUUAUGAUGAAAUUAUCUAAAGUAAUUAUUAAAGAUGAUAAUUUAAGGGAUUUGUUACUAAGAUAGAAUAUUCUUUUCCAUUUAAAUAUUUUCAAUCCAGAUAAGAUUUCAUCACAUGUGAUUAAGUAAAUCAUUCAUUUGAUUUGGAUGAUGUUAAACUGAAUUAAUAUCAUUUAGAAAUAGGAAACAUUUCAACUGUUGAAUCGAAAGAUUAAGAUUAAUAAAAGAUUUGA